AUGACUUCCCAGGAACAACUGUUGCUGUCAAAUGGAGACAGCACAGGCAGUAGGAGUAACAAAUUUGUGAUAGUCACAUUGUCUGCAUGGAAGAAGAAUUGGCUACUGUUUGCCGGCUUGACCUUAGGAUUCUGUCUGUUUUAUAUCUUGUCUCAGCUGAGUAUAACAGAAACAUUCAGUUUCCGAUUUUUUAACUAUGCAGUACAGAAUCCAAAAUAUUCUGUUUGGCCAGAGUUUGAACUGACUCCACCAAUUGAUGAUGUAUAUUUCAGAUCGCAGUGUGCUAAAAAUGGAAAGUAUAGUGUCACAGGGCUGUCUGACAUCAAGAAAGAAUGGGCAAAGUCACGCAAUUUUUUAUGCCAGACCUUAUAUGACAAAUUUACUUCAAUCUUUACUCUGGAAGCAAGAAAAGCCACACACAAUAUCCCUGCACCUCUCAGGAUAAAAGUGCUUGGCUGGCUAGCCAACAACAAUGAUUUAUAUAAAGAGGCACUUGACCAGGAUGUUGUGCACAUUGUGAGCGAAUACACAAGAGAGCACACAGUUUUUAAUCCACUCAGAGACAAAAGACCUGUGCUGCCACCUGAGCAGUCAGAGGAAUCUUACUUCAGUGAUAUUAUGAACAGCUCAGCUAAAAAUUGUGACUUUUGCAGAUUCAAAAGUUUCACAGCUGAGCACACAUUUGGACGUGUGGAAUCUAAGCAUGCCUUCUCUGCAUCAAACAUCUUUAAAAUUGAUACUCUCCAUGCUUUGCUGGUCUUAAAAAAGCAUGAUCCUUUGCAUUGGAGCUUGGAGGAAUUUCUGGAUCUGUUUCAGCUAACAGAGACCUGGUUAGCUAAAGCACACAGCAAUAACCCAAAGGCUCGCUACCCUGCUGUUAUCUGGGACACUCUCCCCAAAUGUGGAGCAAGUCAGGUUCAUCCUCAUAUGCAUGUGGUGUUGGAUUUUGAAAGGUAUCAUGGUGAGAUGGAGGCUUGGAGGAAAGGUGCCCAGGAUUAUUUUGUAGCUCACAGUGCAAACUACUUUUCGGACUUGGUGGCAAUAUAUGCAGCACUCAAUUUAACUGUGACUUACGGCAAGGCAGUGGCUUUUGCUAGUUUGGUGCCCAGAAAGGACCAUGAAGUAGUCAUCAUUGCAGAAAAACCAAACACUGAUUUUUACACUCUGCUCUAUUUUGUUUUGAGAGCCUUCAUUGAUGAUUUACAUAAGAUGUGCUUCUCCAUGGGUGUAGGACUGCCUGCUAUAGAUGUACCAGAAGGAAGUCUGCCAGCUUAUGCCCGUGUAAUCACUCGGGGAUAUGUCACUGAUCUACGCACCGAUAUAAGCUCUUUAGAGUUGUUUAUGGCUACAAAUGUUAAUAUUGAUCCCUACAAAACCAUAGAGAUUGUCAGACGCUCUGUAGAGCACAGAUCAGAAGAGGCACAGUUGAAGCAUUAA